AUGCUGGCUGAACUAAUUGAGGAAACAGACCUCAUAAUUUGGGAUGAGGCACCUAUGACACACAAACAUGCUUUCGAAGCAUUAGACAAGUCGUUGAAGGACAUAAUGUCUAUGAAAAACCCACCCGCAAAGAGUCAGCCUUUUGGUGGCAAGACAGUUAUGUUAGGCGGUGAUUUCAGACAGACCCUACCGGCCAUUCCACAAGGUAGUAGAGCUGAUAGUGUAUUAGCUUCGAUAAGCCAUUCAUAUCUAUGGAAUAGCUGCCACAAGUUCUCUUUGAAAACAAAUAUGCUAGUCAAUCAGGAUGAGAAAGAGUUUUCUGAGUGGCUUCUCAAAGUCGGGAAAGGUCGUCUAGAAUCGGGACAAGCAUAUGAGGAUGAUGGCUACCAUGACCAAUUCAUAGAUAUCGAUAAAUCUUUGAUUUGUCGGAGUUUUGUUGACCCAUUAGAAGGAGUUGUUGAUGCCGCAUAUGGACCGAUAAGCAGCCCGAUGAAUUCCCAGACUUCCUAUACCGAUAAAGCUAUCCUCACUCCCCGUAGUGAAACCGUCAAUGAAAUCAAUGCUUACACCAUCUCACGGACCGACAGGGUAUCAAGGGAUUACUUCAGCUCAGACAGCUUUGAGUUAUCAGAUACUACAUCAGAUCAAAAUGAUACACUAUACGCCGUUGAGUAUCUCAACUCAUUGGAAUUCUCGGGUCUGCCUUCGCACAAUCUUACUCUGAAAGUUGGUGCCCCAGUGAUGCUUCUCAGAAACAUAAAUAAAAAAAUGGGAUUAUGCAAUGGUACGCGAAUGAUCCUAACACACGUUGGCGAAAGCGUUCUAAAGGCCGAGAUAACCACUGGCUCACACAUUGGAAAAGAGGUCCUGAUCCCAAGGAUUGUACUUUUGUAUGAUGAAACAAAGUUACCGUUCACAUUACGGCGUCGGCAGUUUCCUAUCAGAUUGUGCUACGCAAUGACAAUCAACAAAAGUCAAGGCCAGAACUUAAAAGAGGUCAUCUUAUAUCUGUCUAAACCGGUUUUCUCUCAUGGUCAACUUUACGUGGCCCUAUCACGUGUCACAAGCAAAUCAGGAUUAAAGAUCAUAAAAGCCGAAGAUUCCCACCAGUUGAAAUUGAAGAACAUAGUCUACAAAGAAAUAUUCAAAGGCCUUCAUCCCGACAAGGGUCUUACACACUUGGAAACAACAAUUCUUAGUACUAGCAAGGGAAACGUACCUCAUUGCUGUAAGAAAACCCCAAGUGUCGUUGAUCUCUUGCCAGGUGUCCCUUAUAAUCAACAGUUCUCAAACUGUUGCAAACGCCAGGUAGUUAGAGCUUGGGGUCAAGAUCCAUCAUCCGCUGUAUCACAGUUUCAGAACUUCAAGUUGCUUGGUCCUGGGCUUGCUUACACUUGUGGUCCUGCCAAAAUCGUGCCGUCUACAGUUUUUCUCAUGACUGACAACGAGGAAAAUACAAGCUUUGAGUAA